AUGCAGGAGAGCCAGACCAAGAGCAUGUUCGUGUCCCGGGCCCUCGAGAAGAUCCUGGCCGACAAGGAGGUGAAGCGGCCCCAACACUCCCAGCUGCGCAGGGCCUGCCAGGUGGCGCUCGAUGAAAUUAAAGCAGAAAUAGAAAAGCAGAGGCUUGGCGCUGCUGCACCACCAAAGGCAAACUUCAUUGAAGCAGACAAAUAUUUCCUUCCAUUCGAGCUAGCUUGCCAGUCCAAGUCCCCACGGGUAGUCAGCACGUCCCUCGACUGCUUGCAGAAACUCAUCGCAUAUGGGCACAUCACGGGCAACGCCCCCGAUCGCGGAGCCCCAGGGAAGCGGCUUAUCGACAGGAUCGUGGAAACCGUUUGCAAUUGUUUUCAGGGCCCACAGACUGAUGAAGGGGUUCAGUUACAAAUAAUCAAGGCCCUCCUGACUGCGGUGACGUCCCCGCACAUUGAAAUUCAUGAGGGCACCAUCCUGCAGACAGUUAGGACAUGUUACAAUAUCUAUUUGGCCAGCAAGAAUCUCAUCAAUCAAACCACUGCCAAGGCUACCCUGACUCAAAUGUUGAACGUCAUUUUCACCCGCAUGGAGAACCAAGUGUUGCAGGAAGCCAGAGAAUUGGAAAAACCAAUGCAGUCGAAACCCCAGUCCCCCGUGAGCCAAGCUGUUGCAGUAUCCCCAAAGUUCAGUCACUUGAAGCAGAGCCAGGCACAAAGCAAACCAACAACUCCUGAAAAAACAGAUUUGACCAAUGGCGAACCUACUAGGAGAGGUUCUGGUGACGUGACCUCAGCAAAUGGAGAUGUGACCAGAGAAAGAGUCCCAUCACUAUCAGGGACCGAUGAAUCCUCAAGGGAUGGAGCACAGGAGGUGGUGAAGGAGAUCUUAGAAGAUGUUGUCACAUCUGCUGUUAAAGAAGCAGCAGAAAAGCAUGGUGUGACAGAACCUGAGAGGGUCCUCGGUGGACUUGAGGGCCAGGAAUGUGCCGUGCCCCCAGGAGUUGAUGGAAACUCACAGACCAAUGGGAUAGCAGAUGACCGGCAGUCCUUGUCGUCUGCGGAUAAUCUGGAAUCAGAUACACAAGGACAUCAAGUGGCUGCUAAGUUCUCUCAUAUUCUGCAGAAGGAUGCCUUCCUUGUAUUCCGCUCCCUUUGCAAGCUGUCCAUGAAACCGCUUGGUGAAGGCCCCCCAGAUCCAAAAUCCCAUGAGCUGCGUUCCAAGGUGGUUUCCCUGCAACUGCUCCUCUCUGUGUUGCAAAAUGCUGGCCCAGUCUUCAGGACUCACGAGAUGUUCAUCAAUGCAAUCAAGCAAUAUCUCUGUGUGGCGUUGUCCAAAAACGGCGUCUCUUCAGUGCCUGAUGUCUUUGAGCUCUCUCUUGCCAUUUUUCUUACUCUUCUUUCAAACUUUAAAAUGCACUUGAAAAUGCAGAUUGAGGUCUUUUUCAAAGAGAUUUUCCUGAACAUUUUGGAAACAUCAACAAGUUCUUUUGAGCACAGGUGGAUGGUUAUUCAGACUCUGACGAGGAUCUGUGCAGAUGCCCAGUGUGUUGUGGAUAUUUAUGUCAACUAUGACUGUGAUUUAAAUGCUGCUAACAUUUUUGAGCGCCUUGUAAAUGACUUAUCCAAAAUCGCUCAGGGAAGAAGUGGACACGAGCUGGGAAUGACACCUCUGCAGGAGCUCAGUCUGAGGAAGAAAGGCCUGGAAUGCCUGGUGUCCAUUCUCAAGUGCAUGGUGGAGUGGAGCAAAGACCUGUAUGUGAACCCCAACCACCAGACCAGCCUUGGUCAAGAGAGGCUCACGGAUCAGGAAAUGGGGGAAGGAAAAGGCCUUGACAUGGCAAGACGGAGCAGUGUGACGUCCAUGGAAUCCACAAUGUCCUCAGGGACCCAGAUGACCAUCCAGGACGAUCCAGAGCAGUUUGAGGUCAUCAAGCAACAAAAGGAGAUGAUUGAACAUGGCAUUGAUCUGUUCAAUAAGAAACCCAAGAGGGGGAUCCAGUUUCUCCAGGAGCAGGGCAUGCUGGGAACAUCAGUAGAAGACAUUGCCCAAUUCCUGCACCAGGAGGAGCGCCUAGAUUCUACCCAAGUAGGUGAUUUUCUGGGAGACAGCACAAAGUUCAACAAGGAAGUGAUGUAUGCCUAUGUGGACCAACUUGACUUCUGUGAAAAGGAAUUUGUUUCAGCCCUGCGGACAUUCCUAGAAGGUUUCCGCCUACCUGGGGAAGCCCAGAAGAUCGAUCGGUUAAUGGAAAAGUUUGCCGCAAGAUAUGUAGAGUGCAACCAGGGGCAAACACUGUUUGCUAGUGCUGACACUGCCUAUGUCCUAGCAUACUCAAUUAUUAUGCUAACUACAGAUUUACACAGUCCUCAGGUAAAAAAUAAAAUGACAAAAGAGCAGUAUAUUAAAAUGAAUCGAGGUAUCAAUGAUAGUAAAGAUCUACCAGAAGAAUAUCUCUCAAGCAUCUAUGAAGAGAUAGAAGGCAAGAAAAUUGCAAUGAAAGGAACAAAAGAGCAUACAAUUGCAACCAAAUCUACUAAGCAGAAUGUAGCUAGUGAAAAGCAGCGACGGCUGCUGUACAAUUUGGAGAUGGAGCAAAUGGCUAAAACAGCCAAAGCUCUGAUGGAGGCCGUGAGUCAUGCCAAAGCCCCGUUUACAAGUGCCACUCACUUGGACCAUGUCCGGCCAAUGUUCAAACUCGUGUGGACGCCACUAUUGGCAGCCUAUAGCAUCGGACUGCAGAACUGUGAUGAUACUGAAGUGGCUUCUUUGUGUUUGGAAGGCAUCCGAUGUGCAAUCCGAAUUGCUUGCAUCUUUGGAAUGCAGCUGGAACGAGAUGCCUAUGUUCAGGCUCUUGCUCGCUUCUCCCUGCUGACAGCCAGCUCCAGCAUCACGGAGAUGAAACAGAAAAACAUCGACACCAUAAAGACACUUAUUACAGUGGCUCACACCGAUGGCAACUACCUUGGGAAUUCCUGGCAUGAGAUCUUGAAAUGCAUCAGCCAGCUGGAACUUGCUCAGCUGAUAGGAACGGGUGUGAAGACCCGCUACUUAUCUGGGUCUGGGCGUGAAAGAGAAGGGAGCCUGAAGAGCCACACGUUGGCAGGAGAAGAGUUCAUGGGCCUUGGCCUUGGUAAUUUCGUGAGUGGUGGCGUGGAUAAAAGACAGAUGGCCAGUUUCCAGGAAUCAGUUGGUGAGACCAGUUCACAGAGUGUGGUCGUAGCUGUGGACAGAAUUUUUACUGGGUCUACCAGACUGGAUGGAAAUGCAAUCGUUGACUUUGUCCGCUGGCUGUGUGCCGUGUCCAUGGACGAACUGGCUUCCCCCCACCAUCCUCGCAUGUUCAGCUUACAGAAGAUUGUGGAGAUAUCAUACUACAACAUGAACCGGAUCCGAUUGCAGUGGUCCCGAAUAUGGCACGUGAUUGGAGAUCACUUCAACAAGGUUGGCUGUAACCCCAACGAAGAUGUGGCCAUCUUUGCUGUUGACUCAUUAAGGCAGCUUUCCAUGAAAUUUCUUGAGAAGGGAGAAUUAGCCAACUUCCGUUUCCAGAAAGAUUUUCUGAGGCCCUUUGAGCAUAUUAUGAAGAAAAACAGGUCUCCGACUAUCCGAGACAUGGUGAUCCGCUGCAUUGCCCAGAUGGUGAAUUCCCAGGCAGCCAAUAUCCGCUCAGGUUGGAAGAACAUCUUUGCUGUGUUCCACCAGGCAGCCUCCGAUCAUGAUGGAAACAUUGUGGAGUUGGCCUUCCAGACCACAGGCCACAUUGUCACAACUAUUUUCCAGCACCAUUUCCCUGCAGCCAUCGAUUCCUUUCAGGAUGCUGUGAAGUGCUUGUCAGAGUUUGCCUGCAAUGCCGCUUUUCCUGACACUAGCAUGGAGGCAAUCCGGCUCAUCCGCUACUGUGGGAAAUACGUCUCUGAGAGGCCUCGGGUGCUACAAGAAUACACAAGCGAUGACAUGAAUGUAGCUCCUGGCGACAGAGUCUGGGUCCGAGGCUGGUUUCCCAUCUUAUUUGAGCUCUCCUGCAUCAUUAACAGAUGCAAGUUAGAUGUACGGACAAGAGGACUCACGGUCAUGUUUGAGAUUAUGAAGAGCUAUGGCCACACCUUUGAAAAACAUUGGUGGCAGGACCUGUUCAGAAUCGUGUUUAGGAUUUUUGACAAUAUGAAACUCCCUGAGCAACAGUCGGAGAAAUCUGAGUGGAUGACAACAACCUGCAAUCAUGCACUUUAUGCCAUUUGUGAUGUAUUUACCCAGUUUUAUGAAGCUUUGAAUGAAGUUCUUCUUUCUGAUGUAUUUGCACAAUUGCAGUGGUGUGUAAAACAAGAUAAUGAGCAGUUGGCUCGAUCAGGUACAAAUUGCUUAGAAAACUUAGUAAUAUCCAACGGAGAGAAAUUCAGUCCUGAUGUCUGGAAUGAAACGUGCAACUGUAUGUUGGAUAUUUUCAAAACAACCAUCCCUCAUGUUUUGCUGACCUGGAGACCUGUAGGAAUGGAGGAAGAUUCAUCAGAAAGACAUUUGGAUGUGGAUCUGGACCGCCAGUCUUUAAGCAGCAUAGAUAAAAAUGCCUCUGAGAGGGGCCAGAGCCAGCUUUCUAACCCGACUGAUGACAGCUGGAAGGGUCGACCAUAUGCAAAUCAGAAACUGUUUGCCAGCCUCCUCAUCAAAUGCGUGGUCCAGUUGGAAUUGAUACAGACCAUUGACAACAUUGUGUUCUACCCUGCAACGAGCAAAAAGGAAGAUGCAGAGCACAUGGUUGCUGCCCAGCAAGAUAUGCUGGAUGCAGAUAUCCACAUAGAGACAGAGGAUCAGGGCAUGUAUAAGUACAUGUCUUCCCAGCACCUCUUCAAGCUGUUGGACUGCUUGCAGGAGUCCCACUCAUUCUCAAAGGCCUUCAACUCCAAUUACGAGCAGCGGACUGUCCUGUGGCGAGCAGGUUUUAAGGGCAAGUCUAAACCCAAUCUUCUAAAACAAGAAACCAGCAGCCUGGCCUGUUGUUUAAGAAUCCUGUUUCGAAUGUAUGUCGAUGAGAACCGCAGGGAUUCCUGGGAAGAAAUACAGCAACGACUUUUAAGCGUGUGCAGUGAAGCUCUUGGCUAUUUCAUCACGGUGAAUUCUGAAAGCCAUCGGGAGGCUUGGACAAGCCUCCUGUUGUUACUUCUAACAAAAACCCUCAAAAUAAAUGAUGAAAAGUUUAAAGCACAUGCUUCAAUGUACUACCCCUACUUGUGUGAAAUUAUGCAGUUUGACCUGAUUCCUGAGCUCCGAGCAGUUCUGCGGAAGUUCUUCCUACGGAUAGGUGUUGUGUAUAAGAUAUGGAUUCCAGAAGAGCCAUCACAGGUACCAGGGACGUUGUCACCAGUGUGGUAGCCCAGGCCUCUCCAGGCCGCUGCUGCAGUUCUGCAGGACGUUCAACAUGCCACCUCUGACUGACACAUCGGAGAAACAAAGAGUCAGCAUCUCAGAUCUCAGAAUGGUCUGUUUAAGGACGGCCUCUACGCUGGCCCCAUCAAAGUACCUAAGGCCUUCUGGUAUUUCAUUAAGACUGUUACUUACCCAGUUAACAUAGUAGGUUGGAAAUCUGUUUCAUCUCUGUCAUUCCAUUUUAAUUGAUUGAACUGUCAAAUCUGUCACUGCAGACGCCAUCAUUUGCAAGGAAAGUCCCAUGAUUGGUUGUAAAUGUUUUGUCAGAGGAAGUCACUCUCCUUGAAAAUACUGCACAUAGCUGUAUAGGUCCGUGAUUAUUAGAGAGUAUGUUAAUAAAAUUUCUUGUAACGGCUGACUGCCACCUUAAAAUAUGCUGGGUUUUUUGUUGUUUGAGUGCGUUAGAAAAGUUUGAGUGUUUUUGUCAGUUGUGUCAGCUGUAGUUAGUUUGGGGAAAGGUAGGGAAAAUAAGAGUUUUUGUUUUGUUUUGUUUUGUUUUUUUAAUGUCUGAGUGAUUUUUAAAGUAUUUUACCAAGAGAUAUUAUUGAAGAUUUGAUUGAAGGCAGAAUUUAGUAAUAACUAAAGUUAGAAUUAAGAGCGUACAAGGUAAAAAAAAAAAAAAAAAAAAAUGUAGUGCCUCCUAGCUCUCCCUGUUUUAGUAACUUGGGGAGAAAACGUCUAUAGGAAAAAAAAUGAUUUAAUGAUGAUGAUUAGUCUUCUUUGAAGUAAGUAUAUAUGGAUGGGUAUUAAAUUUCCAGAAUACAUUGUCCAUCUCACAAACUCAGAAAUGUAAUAUAUGAAGUAGUAAUGAAAACGAAAUAGUAAUUUAACCAGAGUUCAUUUUUAUUUGAGUAAAAUCUUUUUAUUUUUCCCCAGAGUAGUGAGUGUACCGAUUGUUACUAUCACUGUUUUGCACAGCCCCCACUAAAGAGCCCUCAAGAGAGGGGCAGUCACUGUGUGUGAGAAGGGUCACUCCUGUGACCCUCCCCAGCUAAACAUCAUGAGUUGAACCAGAGCAAGCCUCUGGCUGUCAGAGGGCCAGCACAGAGGAACUGUGAUGAUAGCAGGAGGUGGCAUAUGCCCAACACGUCCGUUAAUUUGAGCCUAGGAGCUGAAUUCUUUGGAAAGGUUAGAUUCUGGGGUCCUUACUCUGUUAAUGAUGGUGCAAUACUCUUAACUGCAGUAGAACUGAAUUCUGAUGCAGUUUAUGUAUAAGUUGGCUGUAUAUGGCCCGAAACCUGCAAACAGUAUAUUUGGAAGCUUAAUUUAUUCUGAGUCAGCAAGGAAGAGAACUAUGUGCUUCAUUCUCUGCCCUCUCAUUCACUGCUCAUCUAGAGCAGCAGUAAACAUUCAUUAGAAAAGUGUUACAAAGAGUUAUUAAAACGUUCAGACUUCUACCUAUACCCUUUAGUCCUGUAAGUUGGGUUGUAUCGAUGUCAUCUCUGGUGCCUUAGAAGUUAGUUGUUUGAAAACAUAUUUGUAAGAUUGGAUGUUUUUUCUUUGUUGAGAAGGUGCUUUUGCUUACUACGAGACUGGUUUCUUAAGUUUUGUGGGUUUUUCUAAUGGCCUUGAGAAAUAUUUGGCUUUGGCCAGCAGCACUCUACUUUUUUCUUUCCCAAAAAGUGUUUUAAUUUCUCUACCAAAGAAAAAAGAGCAGGUUUAGGUUUUUGCAUUAUUUACAUACAUUAGAGAAGAGGCGCUAUAUAAUUUAGCAGGAAGAGACUAUGGCAGAAUAUUUUACUGUGAAUGGAAAAUGUUAGCACAUUUGACUGAGUUGUCCGGAAUUCAUUACAUCUUUAUAUUGCAACGUGAACCCUACAUUCUACGACUUACUCCUGGCUACUGUAGUUCAUCACAACCUCAGAAGGACCAUUUUCUCCAUUGAUGCUUAUACUAAAAGUAUAAAUGGGGAACAUGCGUGUUCGUUCAUAUCUACAUCUUCUGUACAGUAGACCCACAGCCCUGAUUGGUGAUUUUUUUCUUUCCUUCUGAGGUUCUCAUGUGGCAUUUUCUUCAUCAAAUGUGACUGCAAGUCUUUCCCAGUGUUUCCCUGCCUUCUCUUUAAUUUUUGCCUCCUCUUGCAGCAUAGGAACCAUGUAAGAGCAUUUUAUUACUUUUUGAAACAUUGAGGCUUGAAUUUCUUUUUAACUUUGUCUUUUAAAAGACUUAAUUUUCUGAAUGAGGCAUUUGAAUUGUACCAGCAAUGGACCUUUUAAAAACUGGAUGUUAGAACCAUUUAGGGUAGUUUUUGUCAGUGGACAGUGACAUACAGAGGAAAUGAAAUCCUUUACCUCUAAUAAUGAGCCAUUCAGCCUAAAUUCUUUUUUGUGUGAGUAUUCUUUCUAAUGGUGAAUGUGCUUGUGCCACUCAAACACUAGUGCAAAGGGUGUGUGUGGCCCCACAAUAUGGGGCCAGGCUGCUGUAUAUUUACCGAAGUUAUGGUGGAGAGUGAAGCAUUUUCCAAGGCCUUAUUUCUUUCUCAGAAUGCUUAAAUGUUGAUUAUAUGUGCUGGGUCUCUAAAGAAGUUUUUAUUUGUUACAGUACCACUGCUUUGAACAAUUUUGUUUUUCCUUAUUUCCAUUAGGGAAAUCACCAGCUUGGGCAUCUUAACAACAAACAGUUGAUGGAAAAUUUUAUUUCUAAUAUGCAUCUUUAAAUUCAAAUAUACCUUUUCUCCAUUGCUCCUUGCGUACAACCAAAGAACAUAUGUUAUGGAAAUUACACAAUAAUAUCAGAAAGUUUUCCUCUGACAGGUGACUUUUGUACAAAAUGAAAAAAAAAAAAAAAAAAAA